UCUGUUAUAUUCAACCAGCUCUCUCCUCUCUACUCUUCUCUUAAUCCAUGGCUUUCUCUCACUUCACCAUAGCAUUUUUCUCUCUCAUCUUCCUCGCUUCAGCCUCUCUGUCUCUCUCCACGGCCGACGUCCACGACCUCCUCCCUCACUUCAAUCUCCCCAAGGGCAUAAUUCCACGGGAGAUCAAGUCCUAUUCUCUCUCAAACACCAACAGCUCCUUCACGAUCGAGCUCAGCGCAAACCCUUGCUAUGUCAAAUUCGACGAUCAGCUCGUCUUCUACGACACGAUCAUCAAGGGGAAACUCGGAUACGGCAAAGUCAGUGGAGUUUCAGGCAUCAUGGCCAAGAAAUUCUUCCUCUGGGUAUCCGUCACCGGCAUGGAAGUCGACCAGGAAAACGAUAUGGUCAAAUUUUACGUCGGAGCUCUGUCCAAGAAGCUGCCUGCUGCGGAUUUUAAGGACGUUCCUAGCUGCAAAUCGACAGGGCUGCGCGAUGCAUUUUCGAUGGCAGCUUCGAUUUGAGGACUCAUUGCGGACAGAUACUCUCUCUUGGACUAAGAUUGAACCACUAUUAGUUGUGUGCAUUUUCCUCUUUCUGUCUGUGUAUCCCACUUUGCAUUGUUAUGCUGUAAUAAAAUUCGAGAUUGUUCAAGUGUAUAUGCUGACUUGAAGAAUAACUAGGCAAUGAAUUUCUCUUCUUCAUCCA